CAACGGCAAACGAAGACACAAAACUAUCCAAUAUCGGCAUAUAGAAAAUCAAAACCCAAUAAUCUUAUCAAGAAAAUAUCAAUCACAUGCGGCCCCUGUUAUCCCCAGUCGGCACCUAUCCAUGUUCACACGUAUAAAAAAAGGUCCAAACUUCGCACCCGGUGACUUGCCAACCCACGACCUUUCUUCCAAACCAGAGCCGAAGAAAGAGGCCAAAAAAAGGACAUGGGUAUAGUAGAAGAAGCUCAUAAUGUGAAGGUCCUGGGCACAGGAGAGCAGGUGCUAGUUCUGGCUCAUGGAUUUGGCACCGAUCAAUCUGUUUGGAAGCACCUUGUCCCUCAUCUUCUUGACGAUUUCAAAGUUAUUUUGUAUGAUAAUAUGGGUGCUGGUACUACAAAUCCUGAUUACUUCGAUUUUGAUAGAUAUUCCAGUCUCGAAGGCUAUGCUUAUGAUUUGCUUGCCAUUUUGGAGGAAUUUCAAGUCGAAUCUUGUAUUUUAGUUGGCCACUCUGUUUCUGGUAUGAUUGGCGCUAUUGCCUCCCUUAGCCGCCCAGAUCUCUUCUCUAAAAUCGUUAUGAUCUCUGCUUCUCCAAGGUAUUUGAAUGAUGUGGACUACUAUGGAGGAUUUGAGCAAGACGAUCUAAACCAACUAUUUGAAGCAAUGCAAUCCAAUUACAAGGCAUGGUGCUCAGGGUUCGCCCCCCUAGCCGUGGGUGGAGACAUGGACUCGGUGGCAGUUCAAGAAUUUAGCCGCACCCUCUUCAACAUGAGGCCAGACAUAGCCCUAAGUGUAGCACAAAACAUAUUCCAAAGUGACAUGAGACAAAUUUUACAUUUGGUCACUGUGCCUUGUCGCAUCUUGCAAAGCAUGAAGGACUUGGCUGUACCAGUGGUUGUGUCUGAAUACUUGCAUCAACACAUUAGCGGUGAGUCGAUCGUUGAAGUCAUGCCAUCAGAUGGUCAUUUGCCUCAACUGAGCUCGCCGGACGUUGUGAUUCCAGUGCUUCUUAGGCAUAUUCGUUCUGAUAUUGCUGCCUAAUUAAAAUCUUUUAUAUAUAUGUACUCUUCAUGUCUUUGUUAUAAUGGAUUUUUGUGUUUGCUUAGGUUUUUAAUUUCUUGUUGAUGGAACUACUUUGAUCGUUAAUUAGUUUCCUGGAAAGGAAGUUGGCAAAUGGAUAUGCCUUGAUCGUAAGGUCCCCUGUAUUUGUCUUGAAAAAUUGUCAUGGCUUGAUGGUAAGGUGGCCUGUGUUUGUCUUUUUAAAGACUUUAUAAUAAAAUGUGAUAUGUAAGGUGGUGUA